CUCCUCUGAGCAGGGACUCUUGGCACGCUCGCCCCCCACCAGGCCUGGCAUGAGCUUACAGCACCACCACAGAGCGGAGCGGCCUGUUCGGACUCAGCCCAAGCCCAAGGCCCUUUCGCAGCCCCAGCAGGGACCUCACUUCCAUCAGCCUCCACUAGAGGCUCCACUCAAGCCCCAAGGCAAAGGGAAAUCAGACUUUUCUGGCUCUGGUAACGGGGUGGUGGCUGCUGCAGGGCACCAGUUCAUCUGCGAGUGUUGUGGGAAGUGCAAGUGCAGUGACUGCACGGCUCCCAGGAGCCUGCCUUCAUGUCUGGCGUGCAAUGGCCAGUGCCUCUGCUCAGCUGAGAGCGCACUGGAGCACGGCACGUGCAUGUGCCUGGUUAAAGGCAUCUUCUACCACUGCUCCAAUGACGAUGAGGGGGACUCAUGUGCUGACCACCCCUGCUCACUGUCACGUUCCCACUGCUGCUCACGUUUCCUGUGCAUGGGAUUAAUGUCGGUACUCUUCCCCUGUCUGCUAUGCUACCCACCUGUCAAGGGGUGUCUGAAGGCGUGCCAGGGCUGCUACGACCGGGUUAACAGGCCCGGCUGUCGCUGCAAGAACUCCAACACUGUCUAUUGCAAACUGGAGAGCUGGGCCCCACAGACCCAGGAAAAACCUUCCUGAUUGCCCCUGUGUGUUUGUGAUUGUGUGUGAGCGGGAGACUUGAUGUGGAUCUUAUGAUGACAAUGAUAAUGAUGAUGAUAGUCACAAAUUAAUGUUUAUCAAACAUUCUAAGCACCUCCCACCCGCCUCUCCUCCUCGCUGCGGAACCCUAAGGAGCUAAGCAAAGGAGUAACGAAAACCACUCAAUUAUUUUUAUUUUUUAUUUUCUCUGGAUCAGGACCAUGUUUUUACAGACCAGUGUUUGCCUUAACUGUUUCUAUGUCUAUCCUCAGCUCCUCAUUAACACUAUUUUUUUUAUAUAUAUGAAAAAGUUUUUCUUCCGUUUUAGGUAGGCAGUUUCCUCUGGGCCUGUGUGCCCGGUGGGAGCUGCCUCUCACCAAAUCUGUGAAGGACGAUCUACUAUAGGGCAAUUAUGUAGCUGUUACCUGGUAUUCAUAGCAAGCAGGUAUGUUUGAAUUUAUUGGUUGCUACCACACUAAAACCGUGGUUCCUAUGCUCAUGUUGCAUUAACGAAAGCACAUCCAUCUCAUAGUAUUUUUUUUUUCUCCACUUGGAUAUGUUUCUCUCCUUCCACCCAUCUGAACUCUUCAUACACAUUCUGUGGCAUUCUUCCAUGUUUUUUUUGUUUGUUUUUUUUUCCUUUAUUUUGUGUAAAUUGUAUGCUCAAAAUCCAUAAGAGGAAUUCUGGCUAUUUUUUAAAAGAAAACAUGUCUGUUAAACCAUUUUUUUGUUGUAAAAAAUAUUUAUUAUGUGAAGCUCUAUUAUUUUAUGAUAUUUAUUGCAAGAGACAGUCUUAAAUUUACUCAUGUCUGAAUAUAACAAAAUAUCAAAUACUUACUGAAAAAUUAAAGGGUGGCACAAAAGAAAACUAUGUUAACUUUAAUGCAGAAAAUAUAUUAAUUAAUGAAAAAAUA